ACUGUGUUCAGGAUAUGUUAUAUGAAAGCAGAAUCUAUUUCCAAUAAAAGAAAAGAGGCCAUAGGAAAGCAAGUAUUUGUUAGCAAUAGAGUGGAAGGAAAAUCAUAAAGGAAACAAGAUAAUGUUGUAAAUCUGAGUAAUGUCUAUGUAGAAGUUUAUCACAUUUCAUUUUUAAUGUUAGACAUUUUUCAUGACAAAAGUGUUUAAUAUCUCCUUGGGAAAAUAGGUUUUUGGAAGUAAAAUCAACUUGGCUCUAUUCAAAAGAAAAAGAGGGCAAGCAAAGAUGCAUUCUUCUGUAAGGAUCUAAUACAAUGUACUAUAAAAUGUAAUUUCUAUAAAAAGGGAGUCACUUGACAUGCUCAACUGAUGUCUUUGGGGGGGUGGGUAAUAUCAAGAUAUUACCACGUAAGUACCAAUGCUUUUAAAGGAACUUUCUUUGUCUAGAUUGAGUUCAACACACACUGUAAUCCUGAUAAAAAUUUGUUUUGACAUCAAGGAUAUUUUAUAAGCCAUAUUUGAAGACACCUGGUGCUACUGUAGUGACAAAGAGUGAAUAAAGGACUUUGGGAGAUACGUAUGCUGUUAAACUGGAAUCAGAACUCAAAAUCCCCCAUUGUUAGUCAGAUCUCCCACUGCUCUGACAAAAUGUGAAAGAAAACAAGGAAGGGAUGAUUUAUUUUUGACUCAGGGUUUCAGUCCAUCAUGGAAGGAAGAACGCCCAUCAAGGUGGCCAGAACCUGGGGUAGAGACUGCUUACCUGGUGGUCUUUCUCCUUUUUCUUCUCCGAUUCUGACUUCAGACUAUGGGAUUUCCCACUGCAGGAGAUUAGCUUUAUCAAUCUUGUUGGUACUCCUCAGGCCAAUCCAACCAACAACCAUGACUAACCAACCAUGACACCAUUUGGAAGGAAUGUUUAGAAAUGAUCCAGAAAUGACCAAACCCAUGCACAGUAUUUAUGACUUUUGGUUUUACUCCAUUAGUUCCAUUUGCUAUUCACAUGCUCAAGAAAUGUCCAUACUCAGAAAUGGUUUUUGCAAAUAAACCCCGGAGGAUUGUGAUAUUGGUAUUCUCAUUCUCUUCAGUCCAUUGGAUGCACAUAUGUGAUUUCUAGCUAUAAGAUGACCUCGACCAUCAGAUUUUAAUUUUAUUUAUUUUACUUAGAAAUAUUUUAAAUAUAUUCUAAUUUCCCAUCUCCUAUUGACAUGGCUCUUAUGUGAAGUUAAGUAUUCUCAGCCUUAAUAGAAUUUAUCUUUAAGUAAAUACAAACUCCAUCGAAAAUCAACUAUAUUUAGCAUAUAUUAUGCUCUUGUAUGUGUACUCACUCACAUUUUAAAUGAUAUUUAAAGACACUUUCCAAUUUAUCUGAUCAGUAAAGAACAAGACAAUAACAGAAUAUAACCGUGAUAUUCAGUCACUGAAUUCCAUGGUAUAUUUAACUGUGACCCCUUUCACAUUGUCUGCAUCUGUUUGUUGUUUUUUGAGACACAGUCUUUCUUGCCUCAAACUUGCUAUCCUUCUGUCUCAGCCCCCCAAGUUCUGGGAUUACAGUUGUGCACCACUGUGCAUCCUUGAAUGUCAUCUUCUGCAUCAUGCCAUUUCUAAUAACUUUGGUCUUUGGUCAACCAACAUGAGGACAUUUUGUCCAAUGAAAGAUUAUAGUAAAACACUUGGAUUUCUCAAAACUAUGACUAAUUCUAUUCACUUAGAAAUAAAAUUAAAUCUUAAAGUUUUUAUGACAUAUACCAGUUGCUCCUAAUUCCUAUUUUAAAUUAUUGAGUUUUGUUUAGAUAUUGCAAUCAUAUGUACCUUUUGACCACAGUUUUCCCCUCAAUAGCCUUAUGAUUACCAUUACUGUUCUCAUGUGGCCUUGUAGCAAAGUAAGUCUGUUGUUCAUGCCAUUUAUGAGUCAUGUAUUUUAGAGAACUUAAUGUCUAAUUCAACAUUUAUGUUUCUGACCAACUUUCACAUUCUAAUAAUUUGUUGAUGUGUUUACUGAGACAAACAUUGUACCUCUUAAACUCAUGAAUUUAUAGCUCUCAUCAGAAAUCAGUUGCACUGCUGAAGAAUCACAGUGGAUUGUGAGCAGUUUGAAUGGCCAGAAGAGUGAUUCUUAGAUGUUCCCACACAUGAAAGACUGAAGUAUGGCCUCCCCUUAGAUCAGCAGACAGUUUGACUCAAGAUCUAGAGUGAGCUUGAAAACCAACUUGAAAACAAAACACAAGUAUGCACACAUAAUCAAGACCCCUAAGAAACCCUUUACACAUUCAGUUUGAGAAACAUUGACUCAACUUAAAAAUCUUUAUAAUGCCCAAAUUUGGAUAAAAGUCUUUAUAAUGAUCAGUCUUUAUUAUGCUCAAUGUUUAUCUGAAAAUAGCUCAUGAAGUUAUUGAUUUGAAGGCAUGGUGGCGGUGUAGGCUAAGAGAAUGAGUAAGAAGUCUUUAGAGUCCUGGGACUCCCUGAUUUGCCUAGAAACUGAAGCAAAAUACGGAACCAUUUGCUGCUGAAGCUAAGACAAAAGCAUUCGGGAGAAGAGGAGUCACCGGGAACUUGUAAGAUCAAAUCGAAAAAUUCCACAGCAAAGACUUUCCGGAAGGCCAAAGUUACCUCGGUGAUUGAGAGCUGAAAGGGAUUUUUUCCCUCCUGUACCAGACCUAACAUUAGAGAUGCCACAAACAAAGGAGCCGGGCAAGGCAAGGCAAGUGAUGAUUUUAAUUACACUGAUGCUUUCGUGGGAGGUGGGUUCAGAAUCAAUUCAGUAUGCCAUGCUGGAGGAGACAGAAAGUGGCACCUUUGUGGCCAAUCUGACUAAGGACUUGGGACUAAGGGUGGGAGAAUUGGCUGCGCGGGGCGCUAGAGUGGUUUUCAAGGGGAACAGACAGUAUUUGCAACUUGACCCACAGACUCAGGACUUGGUGCUAAAUGAAAAGCUGGACCGGGAAGAGCUGUGCGGCUCCACGGAGCCUUGUAUGCUGCCUUUCCAGGUGUUACUAAAAAAUCCUUUGCAGUUUUAUCAGGCUGCACUGAGAGUUAUAGAUAUAAAUGACCACGCCCCAGAGUUUCCUGCCAGAGAGGUGCUCCUUAAAAUAUCAGAAAUAACUGCACCGGGAAAGAUAUUCCCUUUGAAAAUGGCGCAGGACUUAGACACCGGCAGCCACAGCAUUCAGAGCUACACGGUCAGCGACAACAGUCACUUCCAUGUACUCACUCGCAGCCGCAGCGAUGGCAAGAAGUUCCCCGAGAUAGUGCUGGACAAGGCAUUGGACCGUGAGGAGCAGGCUCAGCUCAGACUAACGCUUACUGCAGUGGAUGGCGGGUCUCCGCCCAGGUCAGGGACCACUGAGAUUCAAAUACUUGUCUUAGAUAUAAAUGACAACACUCCGGAAUUUGCUCAGGAGCUCUAUGAGGUCCAAGUCCCAGAGAACAACCCCAUUGGCACACUGCUUAUUACCCUCUCAGCAAGAGAUUUCGAUACAGGAUCCUUUGGAGAGGUUUCUUAUGCACUGUUGCAAGAUGAUGAUGUUAACGAGCCUUUUGUAAUAAACACAAAGACAGGGGAGAUUCGACUGAGAAGCACGUUGGAUUUUGAAGCAUUUCAGUCCUACCAUGUGGGUGUUGAGGCCAUAGAUGGUGGUGGGCUAACAGGAAAAUGCUCUUUAGUUGUGCAAGUAUUAGAUGUGAAUGACAAUGCUCCAGAAGUGAUCCUAUCCUCACUCAACAGCCCCAUCCCUGAAAAUUUGCCAAGCAUCGUAGUGGCAGUAUUCAGCAUUUCAGAUGCAGACUCAGAAAAUAACCAGGAGGUUACGUGUUCCAUAGAUGACAAUCUUCCAUUUCUCCUAAGACCA